AACUAUUUUUUUUCCCAGCUUCCAGAAAGAGCUAUGUUUCAGAUCAAACAACACAACCCCACACAAUAUGGAGUUUCUGAAUGGCAGCUAGAAGAAGCUCAGGUUUUCUGGGCUAAAAAGGAAGAGAGCCUUGCACUGAAUAUUCUGAAAGAAUUGAUAAAAAAAUUAGAUGCAAAUUGGUUUCAGGUGGAGAAUGAUCCUCACCUGAAAUUGAUGUAUACAGAGUGUCUGAGGCUAUGUGGAACCUGGUUAGCAGAAACAUGUUUGGAAAACCCUACAAUCAUCAUGCAGAAAUACUUAGAAAAGGCUGUGGAAAUUGCUGCAAGCCACCGUGGAGACAACAGAGAUGAACUGAAGAAAGGAAAGACAAAGGCUUUCCUGUCUUUGGCUCGUUUCUCUGAUAAUCAGUACCAGCGAAUUGAGAAUUACAUGAAAUCCUCGGAGUUUGAAAAUAAGCAGGCAUUACUGAAGAAGGCCAAGGAGGAGGUUGGCCUCCUGAGGGAGCGUAGAGUUCAGACCAAUAGAUAUACAGUGAAGGUUCAGCGAGAGCUUGAGCUGGAUGAAUGUGCCAUCCAUGCCCUAACUGAGGAUCGUCAGCGUUUCUUGUGUAAAGCAGUGGAGAACUACAUCAGCUGUUUGCUCAGUGGAGAGGAACAUGAUAUGUGGAUCUUCCGACUAUGUUCCCUAUGGCUUGAAAAUUCUGGAGUUGACAGAAUCAAUGAAAUGAUGAAGAAAAAUGCAGAGAAAAUCCCUUCUUACAAGUUUUUGCCUCUGAUGUACCAGCUGGCUGCUCGAAUGGGAACCAAGAUGAUGGGUGGUCUAGGAUUCCAUGAAGUUCUGAAUAAUCUAAUGUCUAGGAUUUCACUGGAUCACCCACACCACACUUUGUUCAUAAUACUGGCCUUGGCAAAUGCUAACAAAGAUGAACUCCUGACAAAAACAGAUGCAAAAAGAAUAAAUAAGCUAAUUAAAAAUGCACCAAAAGAAAUUUCACAGCUUGAUGUGGACAGAAUGGAGGCUGCUAGAAAUAUAAUCAACAUCAUAAGAAAAAGGAGAGCUUACAUGGUUAGAGAUGUAGAAGCGCUUUGUGAUGCUUACAUCACAUUAGCAAAUGUAGACGCUACUCCAUGGAAAGCCCAAAGAGGAGGAAUAAGUAUCCCAGCUGACCAGCCAAUUAUUAAACUGAAGAACCUGGAGGAUGUUGUUGUUCCUACCAUGGAAAUUAAGGUGGAUCCCACAGGAAGAUACGAAAAUUUGGUGACAGUAAGGUCUUUUAAGCCAGAAUUUCACUUAGCAGGAGGUCUGAAUCUGCCAAAAAUAAUAAAUUGUGUAGGAUCAGAUGGUAAAGAAAGGAGGCAGCUGGUGAAGGGCCGUGAUGAUCUGAGACAAGAUGCUGUUAUGCAGCAGGUUUUCCAGAUGUGUAACACAUUGCUCCAGCAGAACACUGAAACACGGAAGAGAAAAUUAACCAUCCGAAGAUACAAGGUAGUUCCCCUUUCUCAGAGGAGUGGUGUGCUCGAGUGGUGCACGGGAACAACCCCCAUUGGGGAGUUCCUUGUGAAUGCUGACAAGGGAGCCCACAAGAGAUACAGGCCUCACGAUUACUCCGGUUUCCAGUGCCAGAAGAUAAUGAUGGAUGCACAAAAGAAACAUUCUGAAGAGAAAUACAACAUCUUCAUGAAGGUCUGUGACAAUUUUCAACCUGUGUUUCGUUAUUUCUGCAUGGAAAAAUUCCGGGACCCAGCUGUGUGGUUUGAGAAGCGGUUGGCGUACACUCGCAGUGUGGCUACGUCUUCUAUAGUUGGCUACAUCCUUGGACUUGGAGACAGACAUGUUCAAAAUAUCCUGAUAGAUGAACAAACUGCAGAACUGGUGCAUAUAGAUUUGGGAGUUGCUUUUGAGCAAGGUAAAAUCCUUCCCACACCAGAGACUGUUCCAUUUAGAUUAACCAGGGACAUUGUGGAUGGAAUGGGCAUUACUGGAGUAGAAGGAGUCUUCAGGAGAUGCUGUGAGAAAACAAUGGCUGUCAUGAGAAAUUCUCAGGAAGCUUUGCUGACUAUUGUAGAGGUGCUGCUCUAUGAUCCCCUUUUUGACUGGACCAUGAACCCCUUGAAAGCUUUAUAUCUGCAGCAGAGACCAGAGGACGAGGCUGACAUGAGCUCUACUCUUGGUGCUGAUCCACGAGCAUGUAAAAGGAAAGCCAGCAGUGAUGACCAGAGCUUUAACAAGGUGGCUGAGCGCGUUCUCAUGAGACUUCAGGAGAAGCUGAAGGGCGUUGAGGAGGGAACGGUGCUCAGCGUGGGAGGGCAGGUGAACCUGCUCAUACAGCAGGCCAUGGACCCUAAAAACCUGAGCCGCCUCUUUCCUGGCUGGAAACCCUGGGUGUGACUUAGAAGGAUCCAGUGUGUUUUGGGAAGAAAUUAUUUUUCAGCAGCAAAUGUCUUAACAUUUCAAAUUUCUGUUUCCAUAUUAAAGAUUGGAUCAGGUGAAUUGUAAAUGUUUAUAUGUAUCAGUAUUAGGUGGAUGGCUUUGGGUGGUGUUUUUUUCAUUAACUUGUUAGCAAGAAAACCUUUUCUUCCUCCACUUAUAUUUGCAAUACAGCCUAAAAGCAAGCAGUGCUUUGCUGUUUUCUGUGGCUUGCAGGGACUUUGCUCAUACAUAAUGUUCUUAAAGCCUGAGGAUCAUCACUUGUCUAACUAAUCAAUAUCAAGUCUUGCAGGUAAUAAUUUGGUAUAGUAAGAUGGCUGUGCAGAAUAGACAAUCUGAAAAGCAGGCAUGAUGACAUAAGUGACUGGAGUACAUUUCAGGAGUGAGGGGAAGGGAACAUACAUUAAAGAUAAUGCCACAGUGGUAGUUGGCAGAAGUGCAACAGAAAAGAAGAGAACCUCCUGUUUAACAAGCUGGAAAUUCAGGAUAUUUUUCUUAGCUUAGUUAAAUGGGAUAUGACCCUUGAGCCAAGUGUAAUACUGCUGCUUUUUUUGUAUUUUAUUUUUAUAAAUCACUUCUUUUCUAUUUUGCUAUAGUGUUACUAUAAUACUGUAAACUAUAUGUGUAUAUAUAUUUGUUUUUGUAACUAACUCCUGUGAUAAAAGAGACCGGCUCUACACUGGUAUACAAGAUGUCCCUCUAAGACAAUCAUUCUGUAUCUGGAGUACCUUCAGGAACAGUGAUGUUAUGUUUUUGAGUACAAAAAACAAUAGUAGCUGUACUCAUUUUUACAGAUGACAUUGCUGCUUCUGAAAUAAAAAGAAAUAAAAAGGCUCAUCAGUGCAUACUGAUAACAGAAGAAUCUCUUCAAACAACAAUCUCAUUCAUAUAGCUAAUAAAGCUUUCCGAAUCAUUUCUACGUUUAAAAUUAUGAACAAAGUUUUGUGUAUCUCAUGUUAUCCUACUUUCCGCUUGGUGCAUUUUUACAGCAGCAUAGGCAGAGUUUCUGGUCUAAUCUGCAUUUCAUUGAAUUGUGUGUUUUCAUAAUUUUGAUGCUGUUUGUUUUAUAUGUUAAUGUUAACAUAGUGAAAAGAAUCAUUUGUUUUCAUGAUGCUGACAUAAAGCUGUGUUGAUCCUUGGAACCAAAAGUGCCCUGUGGCUUUUCACUGAAGAGUAACAGCUUUGUGCUGGAGUGCAGCCGUUUGGUCUCUGGAAAUGGAACUCUAGGAAAAGACCAAAUAACAAACACUUGGACAGUUCUUACUGUUAAGCAGUGAUAAAAGAAAAUCCAGUCUUGUUUCCUGAAGUUUCUUUCUCAUGCUUCUGACAGAGGAAGUUCUUUGGGCUUUUUUAUUUUUUAAUAUUAGAACUCUCACUGAUUGUACGAAUGAAUGUUGCAUGAAAGCGUUUGGCAGAUCCUCUCCUUCCUUCAUGAGUUGCAGAUGCUCCACUUGAAAGGGAAUGCUUUCAUCUUGCUGGGCUACAAUUUAGCCUCAUUAUUUGAAACAAACACUGAAACCAUUAAUAUUAAUUCAAUUGUCUAUGGAAAGUCUAACUUGAGAGGAAAUAAUACAAUUAUUCCUCUGCAGUGUCUAGAUUGUCAUGUUACCUGUCAUGUUACCUGUGCAAAGCCUCGUGUAGCCAAAUGGUAACCCACCAAGACUGUGCUUUCUAAUUAUUUUUGUUCCAGCAAUUCCUUAAUUUUUAAACAUGCAAAUUAGUGAAUAGUUUCCAAAACUGUAUUGUCUGUAAGUAUACAGUUUCCUUGUAUAAGAGUAGAAAAAGGGAAACCUGGGUAGAAAUGCUCUUUAAUUCUGAACAGCGUAACCAUUGGCAGAAAUGUUUCUUCUAAAGAUAAGAUGGACUGAUAGUUGAAAGCCUCAUACAUUUACUACAUUAGUAAGCUACAGACACAGGAGGACAUGUUAUGUUGCAUUUUAGUAUUAUUUUUUUUCCUGGAAAUUGUCUUAGUAAGUUGAAACACAUUUAGAAAAGGUCAUUUCUAAGAAAAAUGAGCAGUGAUCUGAUACGGAGCUGAAAUUUGUAAUGGAUAUUGAUUUGUUGAAGACAGCUGUCUGCUUAAAAUUGGCCACUUCUGAUGUAACUUCUGUUGGACAAAUAUCCUCAGCAGUGUGCAGUGUAACACUGAGGUUGUCAGCAGGUAAUGCAGUUUGGAAGAUAGAACCUGACUGAAAUUUUCCAUUGUUAAUGUUCUGAGGAUAGGAAUCACUUCAAACUGGUUGCCUGGGGAGCUGCAUCCUAUUUAGAUAAAACCAGGAUGUCCAUCUGUGUGAGUGCACAUCUGAAAAUAUGGCUUGUUCUUAUGGAUAAAGACAACUGAAAGUAAUUUUUGCAGUAACUGAAUUAGUUAGGUCACUAUUGUUUGUUACUAUGAAAUUCUGAAUUUAUAAAGUAGAUUCAUUACAUCUCUGCUCCUUCUUGAGCACACUUAAAUGUUAGGCUUCAUAUUUUCAGGGACCAAGGAAAUGCAAAUACCUAUAAAACAUCCCCCUUUUGAAUCAGUUAAUCUGUUUGGAUUGAGCUGUGAGGUCUUGUGCCCUUGUGAGGACUCCUUGGCAAUGAAGCACCUUCGUGCCAUUUUGGGGCUGAAGCAGUGUUAGGAUGCUCAGUGGUGCCUGACUGUUUCUAGAUUGUUAAGUUUCAGAAUUUGCCUGUGUCACAGACAGACAGGUGUUUGGGCCUUUUCUUUGCAUUAUGCUGGACAUAUUCCUUUGGGAGAAGGAAGGGAUGGAAAGAGAGGCUGAGUGCUUUUCUAAUUACUGCAGAAGAAAGUCUUCCAGUUCCCAGUGAUGGGCCCUAUGAAGUCUGACUGUCCUUCUAGACCACAUAUCCUGAGUGCUGGUUAUUGAGAAGCCAACUCUCUGUUGCCAAAGCAGUAUUCUACAGACCAGUACAGGAAAAUUCUGCCAUAGAGAACAAGUAUUUGGCUUGUAGAAAUUUCUCAGUGUCUGCAUUUGUUACACAAAGCCCCUAUAUGUUUUACAUAUUCUCACUCAACCCCCAGUGUUUCCUUUCUCAAAAGCAGAGAAAACUGAACUUAAAGAUUGGAAAUCAUGAGCUCUGGAAGUGAAAUAAAGGUGUCAGAGGAGUGAAGCUAUUUCCCAAAAUGUAGUUGUGUUUCUGAGUCACAGCUGGAACUUGUUUUGUGGGAGCUGGACAGAUACUGAACAUAAAAAGUUCUUCAGCCUGCGAUGCCCUCAGCAACGUGAUGGAAUGGAUGUUUCUUUUAGGUGAGAUUAAUUUCUUACUAUUUGGGAAAGUUCUGUGAUGCUGGCUGAGAUGUCAACACCUGAAGUGCCAAAAUGGCCUCUCCCUAAGGUGUGUGAAAACCACACCAUUGUGAUUUUUGUGCAUCACUGGGCAGUGGGAGGUUGCCUGACAUUUUCCCAUGUCCAGUAUGUAAGUAUAUUUGUAUUACCUGGGUACCAACUUCCAAUAUUUCCAUCCUUAAAAAAUCAUUUAAAAAUUUAACUAUAUUAAGAGAUUUUACUCUUUUCAGUUCUCACCUGCCCCUCGUAUAAGCCCACAGACUUAGGAUUCCUGGUUGUUUUAAUGAUUAUAACAUUUUUACAGCAUGUGUAACCUCAAUAGAGGGAGAGAAGAUUAAUGAUUUUAUGUGAUUUUGGUUUUCACCUGGACGUGGAUCUUUUAGGUUCUCCCCAAAGGUGUUAAGACUUCCAUAAGAGGAACUGCUUUGCUUGUACUUGCUGUGUCCCAAAUCCACUUGUAUCUGUGAUAGCAUUCAGCAGAUUUCCGCCAGAGACGGAUUUUCAUUUACAGAAUACAAGGAAUAUAUUUGUAGGGGUUUCUCAGGUCUGUGGGACAACUAAAAAAUGACAGCUUUGAAACCUUUAUCCAAAAGUGCUCUGUACCAACUGCAGGCUAUAUGAAAAGAAACAAAAAAUAAAGUACUUGUGCUUCAUC